GGGAAGAAAUCUCCUGACUGAUACAUUGAAUAAGAUUAUUUACUUUGAAAAAAAAAAGGAAAGAAAAAGCUACUGAGAUGAUGUUCCCUAGCCUCAUUGCUCCUCCAGCAGUGUACCCCAACCUCCUGAGACCCACUCCUACGCUAACGCUGCCUCAGUCUUUACAGUCUGCCUUCUCUAGCCACUCCAGCUUCUUGGUGGAAGAUCUGAUCAGGAUCAGUAGGCCGGGGAGUUACUUGCCCCGGAGCGUCCCCCAGCCCAGCCUGUCCCCUCCAACUUCGGGAACCACCUCUGCCAUGACUGACACAGUGACCUCAGACCUAGUCAGCUCCUCCGCCUCCAGCAGCCGGCGAGGAUGUUCCCCGCAGACUUCUGCCUCUCAGGCAAACGAAGCCACUUUCCUCAAGUUCGGGGUGAACGCUAUCCUAUCCUCUUCUCCCAGAACUGAGACCUCCCCUGCCUUGCUCCAGAGUGUGCCUCCUAAGAGUUUCUCCUUUCCCUAUUUCGAAGGAUCCUUCCAGCCUUUUAUCAGAUCAUCUUAUUUCCCAGCAUCUUCCUCAGUGGUGCCCAUCCCUGGCACUUUCUCCUGGCCCCUGGCAGCUCGGGGCAAGCCAAGACGGGGAAUGCUUCGCCGGGCUGUCUUCUCCGACGUGCAACGGAAAGCGCUGGAGAAAAUGUUUCAGAAGCAGAAAUACAUCAGCAAACCUGACCGGAAGAAACUGGCGGCCAAACUGGGCCUGAAAGACUCUCAGGUAAAAAUCUGGUUUCAGAACCGUCGGAUGAAGUGGCGGAACUCCAAAGAAAGAGAGCUCUUGUCCAACGGGGGCUGCCGCGAACAGACUUUACCCACCAAGCUCAACCCCCACCCAGACCUCAGUGAUGUGGGCAAGAAAUGCCCGGGAGAUGAAGACGAGGAGGAAGACGAAGAGGACGAGAACUCGGCCCUGGGGUCAGCCAGUCCUCGCCACUCCCUUGCCUUCCAUCGCUCUCCAGAGCACCUGCACCUCCGAGACCGUCUAGCAGCCCAGCUGCCUCCUUCCCCAUCCCACUCCAGCAGCCCCAGUAAACCAUCGGACUUCUCGGACUCGGAAGAGGAGGAGGAGGAGGGAGAGGGAGAAGAGGAAGAGAUUACAGUUUCUUAGAAGGCCCUAGCCAAAGAGGGGACGAUAUUGACAAAUAGGCGCGGUUUCUUAAAUGCUAUCUCUCUGAGGUGGGAUCCCUCCCUUUCGAGGUGGGUGUUCCACUUCCAAGUAGCUUUCCCCACCCUCCGCCCUCCUCUACAGGUAUCAACCAGGAAUCUUCCCUGUCCUGCUAGUCUCUUUUCGAACAAAGCCUGUCAUUUAAUUCUGCUUUAAACAGAAGAUAAGCUAGAGCCAUUUUCUCUUAAGAGUCUCUCUCCUUAUUACCUUCUCAAUGUUUAACAAUAAGAUAAGCUCAAUGAAAUUCUGGACCCACAAACAGAGUCUGAAAGGGCCCCAUUGUUAAUUGCAAAACAUAUUAAUCUCUAAGAGUUGGGGGGAGCGCCAUGGAGAAGGGAAAGGCAUCUCGGAGAUUUCUAAGGCCUUUUGGGAAGUAGUCAUACCUAUUGCCCCACUCCAACUCAACAUCCUUUCUGCUAGCUACAAUAUCCAUUUGUGCCUCAGUCCUUCCUUUCAAAACUACAUUAGUAAGCACAGCACAAUGGCUGGGAGGGUUGGUGGGGUGGGGGUGGGGGCAGAAUUCUAAGGCAUCACCCACAUCAAAGACUGGGAUCCUUUGUAUCAGAUUUUAAUCCUGCUCUGAACUGAGAAAUAACGUUGUCUGAAGAGACAGAAAAGGUAGUUUAUAUUUUUAUAUGUGUUUAAAUUUUUUUUUCUUUAUAAUUUAUGCAUCCAUAUUAUAUAUUUCAAGCACUCUCUAACCACCCCCUUUCAUUCCCUGGGUGAUACCACCUCUAGCUGCAAGGCUCCUUGGUUCUGGGUGCAAUGUGAAAUGUGGAUGGAGGGGAUGGUGAAGCCUCUGACUUUUGCCUGAACUUUGCUGUCUUUGCACAGCUUUUAUGAACUGUACACAAUUUUGUACAUAUGUGCUGAUUGGAUAUUUUAUACCAAGGUUACUGUGAAUGACACUAAGGAAGGACUGACUAGAUUUGGGAUUUUUUUGUGAUGGCUUUUAAACUAAAAAAAGAAGUAGCUGUUUAAUGGUAUAACUUAUAAAAAUACACUUUUAUUUUGUAUUUUACUCUGUACAGAUUUUUAAAUAUGUAUGUAUAUAUUAUAAAUGGAACAAAUACCAAAUAAAAAUUAGAAUGUUGAGAUUA